GAGCUGAGCUGACUGAGCGCUUGGCUGGGGCUUGGAGUUGUAGCGGUUUAAUGUUAGCCAGUUUUAUUCUGUAAUAUUUUACCGCAACUGAAUAAUAUUAAAUUUGAACUUACUUAUAUCAGCCAUGAAUAUCGCUAUUCAAGGAAUUCCGCGCCAGUGGAGCCUGAAGAAGGUUAGGGACCAUUUCAUGCACGACAUCCCCUGUGACUUCAAGACGCUGUUUUUCAACUUGGAUAGCAAAAUUAAGAAGACUGUUUAUAUAGAACUACUAUCCGGUCAGUAUGAUCGAAUACAGAUCCUAAGACUGAUCAAUAAGAACCCAGAAAAUAGACAGCUUAAACUUAAAGCUAUCAUACCGAAAUAUGUAUCCCAGGCAUUUGUUGCCAAUGCCAGCGGAAAACUCAAAGCCAACAAGAAAGGAGCCCCUAAGAAGCGCCCUGGAGGUGUUGUGUCGGGUUCCGACCAGAUUAUGAUAGUAACGCACAAGGAGAUAAUUACGGAGCUUCAGUCGAAGUACACUCGGCUGUAUAAUCUCAGCCGCAAAUCGCCGGGCAACAAGCUCCUGGAAAAUAUUUCGAGGACAAUAUUCGAGCGCCUCAAAACCAUAAUGGAAACCAACCAAGAAGCGUCGACAACUUGCUUCAAACUGAGUGGAUAUUACCGGAAAUUGCACCCACACUUCGGUGACUUCCAAAUGGUCCUGUCUACUCUACAUAAGUUGCAAGACGAGAAUGGGUUGGCCAGGACCGAUCUAGCUGAGAACGAUCUGAUUGUUGUUAGCCCACAGAUACACAUGAUUGACAACGUCCCAUUCGAUAAAAUCAGAUCAGUGACAGACAAAUACUCUGUGAAGAUCGCUAAGAAGAUAUUAGAGCACGUGAGACACCUGGACUCCCAAACUCAUCAGAUGGACACACCAGAAGAUGCUGCGAGGAAAAAAGUGCGUUUGGAACUUAAAAACAUGGCGUUGCAUUUACCCUCGAUUAUCAAACAAUCCAUCCAAAGACGACUGACGCCCGAGAAAGCACCAUUCCAUCGAGUCAGGAUUUACGGCGAGCCAUUCCUGCCAUCCAAAGAUAUGAUGACGCCGAUCACUCGUCGUUUCAAGGCUGUUCACAUCCAGCGCUCAGACCGCAUGUUCAACCUGAUCAAAAUGAACAUCCCGCCCAGUAUGUACAGCAGUCUUAUUGCUAUGGACGGGACAAACGUAGGCACCGCCAAGCUGGUGAUCCGUUCGUCCGAGAUCCCCCUCUUCAAAAUACCGGACACGCUGAUAGCGGAGAUGAAAGCCUACUUCGGCAUAACCCACGACCCGGGCCAAGACGACUUUGAGGAACAGGAUGAUAUGGGAGAAGAGAUGGUGUAGAGUUUGAUGUAUCAAUAGUAUAAGUUAAAUAUAUUGAUGAGCGUGAAA